AUGGACAAGAGUAUUGAAGAGUAUUGUAAGUCUUGUUAUGGGUGCCAGCUUAUCGCAAACCAAAAGAAACCAGAACCGAUGAUACGAACGUCUCUUCCGUCUGAACCGUGGGAACAGAUAUCAGCAGAUUUUUUAGGACCGUUACCGUCUAGAGAAUAUCUAUUUACCGUUGUUGAUUACUAUUUAAGAUGGUUGGAAGUGACAAUUAUGAGUGAAAGUACAAGCGCAGAUCGUGUAAUUGAUGCUCUGGACAAAAUGUUUACUAUUAUACAUGCUUUACCUUUUUCAAUCGCAACUGGCAAUGGACCUCAAUUUAUUAGUGACACUUUAAAAAAAUACUUGGAUCAAAAUGGUAUUGUGCACAGAAGAAUUACACCCUUAUGGCCAGCCGCCAACGGGGAAAUAGAGCGUCAGAACAUUUUAUUGCUGAAGCGCAUGCGUAUUGCAAAUGCUGAGAAAAAGAACUUGAGUACUGAAAUACAAACGUAUUUGAAGAUGUACAGGUCAACACCUCAUUGUACUACAGGUGUAAGCCCAGCUGAAUUGUUAUUUAAUAGAACGCUUCGCACAAAACUACCUGAUAUUCAGAUCCGUUUACAUGACGACACUGAAGUGCGUGACCGAGAUAGUCAAAGGAAGGAGAAAGGAAAACUUCAUGCGGACACAAGAAGGAAUGCGACAACAAAUGAUUUGAAAGCAGGAGAUUCUGUUUUAGCGAAACAAAAUGUUUACUAUUAUACAUGGUUUACCUAUUUCAAUCGCAACUGGCAAUGGACCUCAAUUCUUUAG